GGCUCCAGCGGCCUCCAGCACCGGGCGGAAACGGACCGCCCGCCGCACCGCGCCGCACCGCGCCGCGCCGCGCCGCACCGCGCCAAAAGCGCUGCGCCAUGGCGAUGCCUCCGUCGGUGCUGAGCCGCGUGGACGUGCUGGAAUGGCAGCUGCGGGAACUGCGGGCAGAGGCCCAGGCGGCCCAAGGCGCGCACCUGCCGGCCUUGGUGACGCCCUGCUCCAGCCCCCCGCGUGGGGCGAACAGCGCAUCCCAGGUGGAGGAGUCGCACAAAGAGCUGCUGACGGCUCACCGGGAACUGCUGCAGAUGCUCAGCAGCCAGACACAAGGCCAGUCCACUCUGGCGAAGCAGCACCACGAGCUGCUCACAGCUCACAACGAGCUUUUGCAGAAACUCAGCAGGCCCGAGGCUGAGAAGUGCCCCGAGAAGCCUUCGGAGGCGAAGGGCGGCUCCCGGCCCACGGCGAGGCUGCAGAAGGCGAAAACCCGGUACUUGAUCUCCAACGACCAGGGCAUGGUCCCGCCUUCCGAGCCGACCCUCUUGGACAACACCUUGCUCUUCUUGCCGCAGCGGGCAGUGCAGGACUUGAACUUGGAGGCCAACAUGGACGACAAGGGCGACACACAGAAGAGCUUGUGGUUCGGCCGCGUCUGGGAGCUCCGGGCGCUCUUGGAGUGCCUCACGCAGGACAAGAUCACCCGCAGCAAGGAGGAGCAGGAGAGCCUCUCGGAGUUUCGGAAGCGCGAGAUCAAGAUCAAGCUGAAGGACCCCUCGGUGCGGCUGAAGCUGAAGAAGAUCGCGGCCCAUUGGCGCGGCGCCGCCUUCCGCUCGAGGUGCUCCUUCUCGGUGCUGGAGCGCUUGAAGUACUCCUACCUCCGAGGCACCUUGAUCUACGCGCACGGCUCGGGGGGCUGCAGCUGGGACAACUUCCGGAUCUGCCGCAUGAUCGCGGCCAUGGGGAUCCUGGUGAUCGCCCCGGACGGCUUCGCCUACCCCAAGAGCACCGCCAUGGGCGAGAUGAGGCACAAGUCGCUGGCGCCGUUGCAUAAGGCGAGCGAUGACGUGGACUACUGGGCCAACGACUUGCUCUACACGUCUUCGGCCUGUGGAACCUUCAACUACUCCACCAGCGCCGACUCAGUCUUGAAGGAGCCCCAGGACUACAAGGAGCUGUACGAGAAGUGCUACCAGCUGCGCCGGUCUGAGCUCCACUUCACCAUCGCUCGGCUGCCCAGGUGGGUCUUGUCCCAGGGCUUCUUUUUGGGCGGAACCUCAGAGGGUGCCAUGACGGUGGCCCGCUUCGACGACCAGCGCUACGGGGAGAUGGUCAUUGGGAGGUUUAUCAAUUCCUUCAGCAUCGAAUACUGCUACUUCACCCCGGAGCGUGAGGCAGGGCUCAUCGGGGGCCAGCUGGAUGUGCCCACGCUGAACAUCAUCGGCACCAAGGACCAGUACUUCGGCCCCGUGGAGAGCGUGGCGAAGGUGGUGGCCGUGAACGGCGUCACGGGAUACGGAGACAAGAACUUGACGGGGAACGGGUACAAGACCAUGGUCCGCCAGGGUCUGGAUAUUGGCCUGGUAUGUGUCCUGGAGGACGGAGUGCACUCGCCCUGCGAAACCCACGACAACUUCCUGCGGCAGCUCUUUAACACCUUCUUCUCCAGGACGGGCUCCAUCUGGGAGCUGCACAUGAUCUGGCAGGCCGACCCGACCAUGGCAGCUCUGGUGGAGCUGGUGGCUACCACGGCAUCUGGCGAUGGUACUGAGGGCAAGAACGUGACGCAGUUGUUUGUGCCGAAGAUGAAGUUCCCGAACCACAUGACGCUGCGAGAGGUGGAGCUCCUGCGAGCCCUGCACCACACGGACGAGAUCGCAGCGGCCAUGGAGGUGGAGAAGACGCUCAUGGACACCAAGAUGAAGGAGAUCAAGGAGCAGCUGGACAGGGCGCGGCAGGAGGCAGCCACACAGCGGAACCGCCACAUCAAGCUGAAGAGUACCAAGUACUACUACGCCAGGGACAAGCUGGCGAUCAAGUGCAAAUGGAUCCAAUGGGUGCAGAGACACACCUAGUUUCUAUUGACUGCGCAAAGCUCGUGGUCGCAUUUCUCAGGGAGCUCUGCCGAAGGCAGCAGCUGCAGUUUCUAGGUAG